AUGGGGUGCUGUGGAAGUAAAGAAGACCGUGAUGAAGAUGAUGUGAAUGCACCUUUAUUAAACGAUGAUAUCGUUGGAGACAACCGUAUGAACUACCAGACUUACGAGACUAUCGAUGUACAAAAGGAACAAGAGUUUUGGAAUAAUAUCAUUGAUCGAACAACACAGAAUUUGAUUGACAUUUCAAGCGCACAAACAGAUCCUCUGCAGGAUACAGAUGUACAAGAACGUGAAAGCAAAUACAGACAUCUCUUAGAACAAAUCAAGCCCAAAAUCCAACAACAGUCUACAUUAGCCAUCGAUACCAGUAUUAACAACACCGUUGAUAUAUUAGCCAAUGCAAAGCCCAAUGGUGGAAUGACUGAUGGUGAAGUAGAUUGGUUGUAUCAAACGAUGGAUGAGAUUCAGGAUGCUCUGCAACACAUUGAUAUUCAACCUGUGGGAGACAUGGUUGUUCAUUUGACAAUGACAGACAACUCAUCAAUAAGUGCAUAUUAA